CUUGCUUGCUCACAGGUCCACGUUCGGCCAUCGUCGUCAAAGGGUCAGACACCAGAGCGAUCCUAAGAAGCCAAUAUCUCAUACAUGAUACAUACACCCAGAGCGUUUAUAUUCUUUUGUUAAUCCCUUCCGUGAAUUCUUUCUCUCUGCUCUUUGUUUUCUUCUCUUCAACGACGAUUUCAGAAUUUCCCAUUUCUUCUUUGAUUUCUAGAAUUUUAUGAACCUUUUGUCAUUUAAUUCGAUUAUGCUCCAUUUCUUUUUUUAAUUUUUUAUGUUCUGGCGAGUCUUUUCCCCAAAUCUUCCGUUUUCCUGAUGUGCUGCGGCGAAUUAGAAAGGCGGAGCCUUAGGUACCUUCUGUAGGUAAAAUUUGGCGACUUUAGGGUUCUCUUCAUCACUUUGUACCUGUAGAUAUCCUCUCGCAAUUUUGUUCGGUCUUGGCGGGAGCUUGGAUGCUGUCCACGGCGAAUCAAGGAAUCCAGCCUAUGGCUGCGGUGGAUCCCAAUUCCAUGGAGGAACGUUCUAGAGAUGAUGUGAGUCAAGGACAUGCACCUGUAAUUGCAGGUCAUUAUUCUUGGCCUGCAUCAGCUGCGCCGGUGGCAGUCUCAUGGAAUUAUGGGGUAAAUAGUGGUCCUCUUGAAAAUGCAACAACAUCAACUUCUGUUCACAAUUAUGAUCCACUGAGGGAUUCAACUGCUUCUGAAGGUGCUCAGGUUGCAAUGAAUUCUUUGCCCCAAACAUCUGCUUCAUCUAAUCUUGCUGCAACAAAUGGAAGUCAAAGUUAUGCUGGUUAUGUACAACACUCAAGUUCUACCUAUGCUUAUGGGUAUGGCAACAUGCAAUAUCAAAGUAACUACUAUGGUAACCCACAUCAGGCAAGCUAUACCUCUUAUCAACAAGCGGGUACAAGUCAGAAUUCAGGUGCUUCUUAUCAGCCUCCUAGCUCAUUUCAGAAUACAGGCUCUUAUGCAACUCCUACAAGUUAUUCUGGCGCUUAUUUUGCUAGUGAUCAUCAGACGACGGCAGGAUACCCAACCAGUGGCUAUUUUGACCAGAACAACUAUUGGAAUGAUGGAAGUGGUGGUGGUUAUUCACUUCAAUAUGCAAAUUAUCCAUCCUCAGGUGCAAAUUCGACCCCUUCAACUAGCAAUGUAGCAACAAGUGCAUAUCCUUAUCAACAGGAGUGUUAUCAGUGGUCAACAAAUUAUGGUGCAUCUGUACCAAAUGUUAAUUACACUCCUGCAUCAGGAAGCGCGGUAGCUGGCAUUGCUCCAACAACGACAUAUCCUGUUCAAAGUGCAAACGCUGGUUCUUUGUAUGCAAGCAACCAACCACCACCUCCCGGCACCACAUCUUGGAGAGGAGAUCUGGGGCCUUCUACUUUGCCUUCUCCACAGGCACGCAAUGAUGUUGCAUCUCGUUUUCCCCAUGGUGGUUGGGAUGAGAAGGCUUUCACAGUUCAAAAUUACCAUAUCAAUCAGAUGCCUUCAGAUUUGCAGAAGGCUUCUGACUCGAAGCUUUCUUUGUAUGAAAACCAUGAUGGAAGUGAGAAAAUUACAUGCUCUUAUGAUCCAAAUUCUAGUUUGCAGGUUUUUUCUACCGGUCAAGUUUCUCAAAACCCUCAACAGCCAUUGCAAAGCGUCUCAACAAUGGAUGCAUGUCGGGUAAGCAAAAUGCAGAUUCCAACCAAUCCUAGAAUUGCCUCAAGCUUGACCGUGGGCAUGCCAAAAGUUGACAAGGAAACUUCAACAGCUAAUGCAGCAGCUAAACCAGCUUACAUCAGUGUUCAAGUACCAAAGAUGAACAAUCAAUUGUACUCCAGUGAUGAUGCUGAUGCUGUUAUUAAGCAGGGAGCAUUCCCCCCGUCUGUUCGUGCUUAUGUGGAAAGGUGUUUCUCUCGAUGCAAGGAUGAUGCGCAAAGGACUUCCAAUAAACUUAUAUUGUCUGAGAUCAUCGCAAAGGCGAAAGAUGAUGGUACACUUUGGACAAAGAAUUGGGAUAUGGAACCCCUUUUCCCAUUGCCAAAUUCCAAUUCAAGUGGAGCUGAUCAAAACAUUUUACAAAGUACAAUGCCAUCUAUGCCAAAAUUUUCUAGCAGACGCAGUAAAAGUCGUUGGGAGCCUGUUGCUGAGGAAAGACUGGAUCUUAAAGAUGCACCAUUCAAUAAUGACUCAACAAAAACUGUUAGCUGGGCUGAAAGGAUGGCUGGGAGCCAAAUCCUUAAUGCUAUGGAUGAUGGACGGAAUAGCAUGAAGUAUCCUCUACAAUCUCUUCUAAGCAAAACCCCUCAGAGGCCAUUGAAGAAGUCACGUUUUUCUGACACAUUGGAUAUAACUGAGAAUGGAAAUUCUUCAAGUGAUAGUGAUAAGGAGCAGGAGUUGACUAAACAUUAUUCCAGUGCAAUCACUCUAGAAAAUUCACCUGAAGAAAGGAAACGGCGUGAACAUCGAUCCAAGCGAUUUGAGAAGGGACAGGAAAAGCAGGCAGAUGUCAAGCAAUUCAAGCCAAAAGGUGCUGGAGUUGGAAGUUUAUAUUUAAGAAGAGCCAAUGCUUUGCUGCUUGCCAAAAAUUCGGAUGAUCAAUGUAGAGCAGUUGAAGAUAUCUAUUGGGAUGCACUUACAGUUAAAGGAACCUGCCAGGAUGUAGAAAAACGUUAUCUGCGUCUUACGUCGGCUCCUGAUCCUGCAACUGUUAGACCUGAAGAAGUCUUGGAGAGAGCUCUGCAUAUGGUUCUGACUUGUCAGAAGAAUUACCUUUACAAAUGUGAUCAACUUAAGUCCAUACGUCAGGAUUUAACUGUACAAAGGAUACAAAAUGAGCUAACUGUCAAGGUGUAUGAAACCCAUGGACGGUUGGCUUUAGAAGCUGGGGAUCUGCCAGAGUUUAACCAGUGCCAGUCUCAGCUGAAAAGACUUUAUGCUGAUGGAAUCAAAGGAUGUCAGAUGGAGUUUUCAGCUUAUAAUCUACUUUGUGUAAUUUUACACUCUAAUAAUAAAAGAGAUCUUUUAUCAUCAAUGAAAAGUUUGUCAAUUGAGGCAAAACAGGAUGAAGCUGUAAAGCAUGCUCUUGCUGUGCACUCUGCUGUUUCAUCUGGAAAUUAUGUGCUGUUUUUCAGAUUAUACAGGGCAGCUUCAAGUUUGAUUACCAGCCUUAUGGAUCUCCAUGUAGAAAAGAUGAGGUUUGAAGCUAUGAAAUGCAUUUCAAAAUCAUACAGACCAACUGUGCCCGUUUCAUAUAUAGCACAUGUGUUGGGCUUCUCAACUUCAGCACAAACAGGUUUUGAUGAUGAAAACGGUGCAAAUGGACUUGAGGAGUGUGAAGAGUGGUUGAAGGCACACGGUGCAGUUCUUGUUGCUGAAAACAACGCCGAACUGCAAGUGGAUACUAAGGCCUCCUCCUCUACUCUUUACAUGCCAGAACCAGAAGAUGCUGUUGCACACGGGGAUGCUAAUCUUGCAGUGGAUGAUUUUUUCACUCGGACUUGAUGAUGUUGCAAAAGUGAGAAAACUCCUAUAAAAACGAGUCCUAUACUUUUCGCCAGGUGAAGUAAGAUGGAAAUUAUCACGUAAGUGACGCUAUCUUUUCUUUUCUUUUCUUUUUAAUGGCGAAAUAUUCAUGGAAUUGGUUGCAGCCCCAAAGCUCACAUAGAAUAGUUAGAUUCCUUUACAUGCUGACGGGUUGAAUUGGCAUGGCCAAAAGCUUCCAUAUCACUUGUUAAUGGAGAUUUGGCCUGGAGAUUGAUUGAUUGUGAAUCUAAUCAGUCCCAGGUAGAGUAGAAUGGGCUCUGAGUAACACUUUGUAUCAUUUGUUAAUUGUAGUAAGAUAUACAUAACAUUGUUAUCAGGUCCUUUAAUCAAAUAAAAAUUCCUACAACAUUGAAAGCCUUUUUUAUUAGUUGAGGUUCAUUCUGGAA